CAGUAUACGUGUGGAAUACUGAUGAACCCAUAUAUAAAGACGCAAUCGGUUUUUUCAUAUCAUUACGAAACUUAAACAGCGGGUGUGCUCUCCAUAUUAUCACACAAGCACCACCUGGGUUUAUUCAAAAUGAGGCAGCUUAUUUUUGUUGCCCUUCUCUGCUUCGUAACACAAGCUUUCGCUGGAUGUGGAUUCAAACCAGCAAAGAACCCUGGACAAUUUCUUUCGCUCGUAAAAGGAGUAGGAUGGCAAACAUUUUCGUGUAAUGUAGGACUUGUAUGGAACAAAGGACGUUGUUGUUGUUAUUCUAAUGCAAACGAGGAUGCAGAAGAGUACUGGGAAGACUAUUAUGAUUAUUUAUUCGGAGAGGACAAUUACGGACUCGGAUGGUUGCUUGGAGGUGGUGCUGGCGCCAGCGCUAGUGCCUCUGCUGCUGCUGCUGCCGGUGCCGGUGGUGCCGGUGCUGGUGCUGCUGCCGGUGCAGGAGCCGGUGCUGGAGGCCUCUAUGGUCUUGGAGGUUUAGGCGGCCUUGGAUUUGGAGGCGGUGGUGGAGGCGGUGGUGGAGGCGGUGGUAGAGGCGGCCGUGGUGGUGGUGGAGGAGGCGGUGGUGGUAGCAGUGAUUCAAGUGAUUCAAGUGAUGAAGGUGGCUGGGGAUGGUCAUGGGGUGGUGGAGCUGGAGCUGGUGCUAGUGCUGCCGCUGCUGCUGCUGCAAGUGCUGCUGCUGGUGCAGGAUCUGGAGGUGGUGCAGCCGCUGCUGCUGCUGCUGCUGCCGCUGCAGGAGCAGGUGCAGGAGCUGGUGCUGGUGCCGAAGCUGCAGUUGAAGUAGAUGUGAGCUCAGAAAGUUCCGAAAGUUCCGACAGUUCAGACAGUUCAGACAGUUCUGACAGCAGUGAUGAUAGUUCCGAUAGCAAUGGCUCAUCAGACAGUAACGGAAGUGAUGGCUCAGACAGUAGUGGUGGAAGCAGUGAUAGUAGUGACGAAGGUGAUGAUGAUGACGAUCUCAAAGGACUUCUCUCAGUAUUAGUAAAUCUUGGAUCACAAUUAGUCAGUGCAUUCGCCAGUGCAAGUGCAAGUGCUGGUGCCGGAGCAGGAGCAGGAGCUGGAGCUGGAGCUGGUGCUGGUGCUGGAGCAGGAUCAGGAGCUGGAGGAGCAGCAGCCGCAGCAGCCGCUGCAGCCGCAGCAGCCGCUUCAGGCGGAGGUGGAGGUGCUGGAUGGUGGAAUUGGCUAGGAGGUUCUGGAGGUUCUUCUGCCGCAGCUGCAGCCGCUGCAGCAGCUGCUGGAGGUGCUGGUGGACGUAGAGGUGGAUGGGGAGGUAGAGGAUCUGCAGCAGCAGGUGCAGCCGCUGCAGCUGGAGCUGGAGCUGGAGGUGGACGAAAAGGUGGACGUGGUGGUAGUUCUGCUGCUGCAGCCGCUGCAGCCGCUGCUUCAUCCGGAGGUGGAGGUGGAUAUGGUGGAAAAUUCCUUGGUGGUUAUGGUGCAGGUUCUGGUGCAGCAGCAGCAGCAGCUGCAGCAGCUGCAGCUUCCGCUGCAGGUAAUGGUGGAUAUGGUGGAUGGAAUGGAUGGAAUGGAGCUGGCGGAUCCGCAGCAGCCGCUGCUGCCGCUGCCGCAGCCGCUGCAGGAGGUGGUGGAUGGGGUGGAGCUGGUGGUUCCGCAGCAGCCGCUGCCGCCGCUGCAGCUGCAGCUGCAGGUGGUGGUGGAUGGGGUGGAAAUGGAGGAUCCGCAGCAGCAGCAGCCGCAGCUGCCGCCGCUUCUGCAGGAGGAAAUGAUGGUGGAGCAGCUUCAGCUGCCGCUGCUGCCGCUGCUGCUGCCAUGGCAGGAGCAGACGCAGAAGCUGUUGCAUCUGCUUACGCAUUAGCUUUGGCUGGUGGAAACCAAGGACUUGCAUGGAUGUUGACCUCUGGUAAUGAUGACUUAAGAAAUGCCGCUGCAGUAGCAAUUGCUAGCGCUAGUGCCGGUGUAGGAGGUGGAUCCGGAGGCGGUGGUGGAGGUGGAUCAGGAGGUGGUGGAUCAGGAGGUGGCGGUAGUGGUGGAAGCGGAGGCAGUGGAGGAAGUGGAGGCAAUGGAAUAGAUUGUUCAAAUAACGAGAAUGAUGAUGAAGAAGAAUGUAAAAAACAAAAUUAUAAUUAGACAAAUCAUAAAUAUAUUGAGACAUUUUGGGCACAUUUAAAUCCAUUUUGAGAGAUCAUCUUUUUUAUUGUUGAGACACUGGUGAUAAUUGUUAUCAUGUAUAUAUGUUAAGCUGCUGCGUUGUCCUAGUUGUUAUUAAAUCGUGUGUGUUUCUUAAAA